UCUAUAUCAACAUCCCGAAGUUUGCAAUAAUGGUAUUUCGUCAUGUGAAUCGAAGGCCGACGACGAUCCUUGGGGUUUGACAUAUUUACGACAAUCAAUGUCGUCCACAACGUGGGAGAGGCUUAGGCCAAAGCAAGAAGUCAAGAGCUGGGUGGAUGUUGUUUGGUUCAAAGGAGCUAUCCCGAAGCUCAGUUUCAACAUGUGGGUAGCCAACUAUGAUCGCUUGCCGACACGUUCUAGACUGGUGGCGUGGGGAUUACCUAUCUCCGCUAACUGUCCGCUCUGUUCCAACUACUUUGAAACAAGGGACCAUCUCCUCCUCUCCUGUACUUACAACCAAGCUAUCUGGCGAGAGGUCUUCAGCAGAUGCAACCACCCUGUUGCGCCCUUCACCAACUGGGCAGAACUGUUAUCUUGGAUCAGAGCUGCAACUUCCUCUAAGGUUCGGCUGCUAAGGAAGCUAGCGACGCAAUUAGUGGUGUACCAUUUGUGGAAGCAGAGGAACAACUUGAUUCACAAUCAGAUCUCACUACCGCCUGCUACUGUUUUCCGAAACAUUGACAGGGAGCUCAGAAAUAUUAUUUCAGCAAGGCGCCAUAGGAAAGGAUAUGCUUCUCUCAUGGUCAUGUGGUUGAGAUAAACUUUUCUCUUUAAAGUUUCAAGGUUUAAAAUGUGACCCAUCUUGUUUUUUAUUCUUUUUUGCCAAGAUGGUUCAGCUUGUAGGUUCUUGUUUUUGUAAAAACUUCUAAUCAUCUAUGAUAUUUA